UCCUGGUAAUGUUGUCUUGCUUAAAGUGAUCCUCAUUCUUGUCAAUUUAAGGACGUUUAAUCAAUUCAUCCGACCUCCUAAAUACACUUGUAUUUAGCUCAUGGGGAAAUUUAAUUUUUAAAAUUUAUCUAAAUCAAGAACUCGGAUAAUUUCCUAAUAUUCGAUGGAUAAAUAUUCGAAUUGAAGAUGGCACCAAGAAAAAAUAUGCCGCAGGAGUGCCCCCAUUGCUCGAAAAGUUUCAAAUCGACGUAUACCUUAAUCAUGCAUCUGGCCACGCAUGAUGACGCCAGUACUCAAAUUAAAUGUCAAAUUUGUAGGAAAACUCUAAAAAAUCGCGCCGGCCUGUACACACACUUAUUCCGGAUUCACCACCAACGUAAAGCUCAUCGGUGUAAAAUCUGUCAUAGAGACUUCGCCUCGCCCUCGGGUCUUCAAAAUCACGUGGAAUCUGUGCACACCCCAGGCCCACGACCCCGUUUCUCAUGCACGUUUGUCCCCUGUGACAAAACAUUUGUGAAGAAGGGAGGCCUCACAAGUCACGUUAAAUUCGCCCACGCCCAGCACCCCGUCCAGUUUCGGUGCACCCUUUGUCACAAAGAAUAUAAGUCGCGACUCGGGUUAAUAAAACACAUUUCCACCCACACGACCGAGAAGCCCUUCAAGUGUGCCCAAUGUGGAACCAGUUUCGUGGAAAUGUGCGACUUGUCAAGUCAUGGGGAAACACAUCGAGAAAGAUCUGCCCGAAAAAUGAUCAAGUGUCCCUUGUGCCCAGCAAAAUUCUUCACCAGGACCGGGAAACGGCUUCAUGUUCAAAAUUAUCACGAGAAUCAGAGCAAGUAUGCCUGCCCCAGGUGUGACAAGAGGCUAAAAACUGCGAGUAAUUUGAAAAACCAUGUCGAAGCAAUGCACACCGCGGACAAGGAGCUAAGUCAUGCGUGCGGCCAAUGUGAGUAUAAAAGUUGGGAUAAGUUCCAACUAAAGAAGCACGUCCAAAGGAUACAUGAAAAGGUGAGGGACAAGGUGUGCUAUUUCUGUGGGGAGAAAUUCUACUCUUUUACUCAACUCGUGCUGCAUUGUGGUAAAAGACACACGAUGGAAAUAUAUUGAAAAUUGUGGUAAGGUAUGUACAUAUGUCGAAUGAUUAACCCUUUAGGACGUGUGAUUCACUAGAAGGAAUUGCAUUAAUUCGGGCAUGUAUGUAUGUUGUGGUCAUGGUUCGGGAAGAGGAUUUUAGCAGUUAUAAACAUGUUCAAAUUUAACGUUUGCUCGGUAUAGGAGAAAUCUCUCAACAACAAAUUUUACGCUUUGAUAAGAAAAUGGUGUAAAGUGUAAAUCAAUGACCUUCGGGGAACGGCAAUUGCCAUCCUCACGCACCAUGACUACAUUUUUUCAAGACGACUUUUGUCUUCGUUUUUUGAAGUAAACCAUUUCUCACAAAAUUGGGUUGGUUACGAAUUAAAGGGUUAAAUUGCUUAAUAGUUUCGUUUAAAAAUGUGAAUAAUUCGAUAGGUUGUUAUGAUAACGCGCCGACUUGUUAAUUAACCUGACGGUUAAACGACUAAAAUAAUUGAACAACAAUAAAUCCGCUAAAUCAGGAAACUAGAUACAGUUUUUAUGUCCAAGUUUAUAUUAUGCUGGGAUUAGUCGUUUAAACAAAUAAUGUGGCAGCAAAUCUGUGCUUGCACUGAUUCCGUGUACGCUUAAUGCCCUCACAGAUUUUUAAUCCACAGUAGUUUAUUUUAAAAUCGCAGCUUUUUAAAGUCAAUUGGUACAUAAUAAAUUUCACUGCUAAAUGCUUAUGUAAUGUGAAUAAAUUUGGUGUGUAGUUGAACUAGUAAAUAUUUCGGAGAUGCGCAGUCACGAGGUAUGUAUGUACAUAUAAAUACUGACACGUCUUGACGGAGGGUUUCAAGGUUUUGAAAAAUGUAGCUCUUAGAAAAUCGUAGAAUUUUCACGUUUCGCAUUUUUACUCAAAAUU